AUCAGUCCAACAGCGUGCAACAAAACUUUUACCGCGCAAGUCCGCCUGUUUCUUACUACAUGAGGCACAUUGGUCUCGCCACCCGCCGCGCUCGCUCGUGCCGCCGCCGACUCGCGCGCGUAAACCAUGCCUUCCUGGUGGGACUACCUUCACUUCAACCGGCAAUACAACAAUAAAAGAAACCUAGAAGAAGGACUCUUCCAAAUCGCGUCCCAAACCUGUAACAUCCUCGUCAAAGUGAACAACACAAACAAUAUAAACUUAACCAGAAAUAAUCGGAGUGACGAGUACGGUUGUGCCGGGCCCCCUGAAGGCAAAAGUUCCAUGCAAGUCUGCAUCCCCAAGUUCAGAAAGAACUCCUUGACUGCCGGCUGUAACCCUGGACUCUCGACUGUGCUCGAGUCAGGGAGUGUGGGGAACGCUUCAUCAUCUGAUGAGGAGUUGGAGCAGUGGGAGCAGAUCUUCAUGAUGAGAGACGAAAACGGCAACAGUUAUAAUGACAAAAGAAAGAAGAAAAGCAUAUGGUGUCGGCCAUCAUGCAUCCCUGUCUCCAUAGUGAUAGUGCUCAUAGUACUAGUAGUAUUAGUUCCGCUACUCGACCAGCCGAACUUAGCGCCCGCGCUCCCGAGCGCCCCGGCGCCCUUAUAUUGCUCAGACGAGUGUAGGUUAUCUUUAGUAGAAACAAUUCCAGAGGGCCAUAUGUACCCUCCAAACUUAACUCAUACCCCCACAAAACAAGUGUGGUUAGACUUAAUAGAUGAAGCUCAAUCAACCAUAGAAAUAGCGUCUUUUUAUUGGACUCUUAGGUUUAAUGAAAACUAUCCAUAUAAUUCCUCCAUUGAGGGAGAACAAGUGUUCCAGGCGUUAUACGCCGCUGGGUCAAAAAGGAAUAUACAUUUGAAGAUUGCUCAAAAUUGGCCCACUAAGUUAUUUCCUAAUAUAGAUACCGACUAUUUAGUUAAGAAGAAAGCAGCUCAGGUGCGAAGCCUGAACUUCUCCAAACUGUUGGGAGGGGGUGUGCUCCACACCAAAUUCUGGAUUAUCGACCGGCAGCACUUUUAUAUCGGCAGUGCCAAUAUGGACUGGAGGUCGCUCACGCAGGUGAAGGAGUUAGGCAUCGUCGCGUACAACUGUUCUUGCCUAGCCGCGGAUUUGGGCAAGAUAUUUGAUGUUUACUGGAGCCUGGGCGACAAAGAUGCCGUGGUACCAGACACGUGGCCCGCCAACCUUAGCACCGACAUCAACAUCGAGAAUCCCAUCAACAUCACCGACAACCAUCACAGCGUCGGCGCCUACAUCACUAGCUCCCCACCGCCCUUCAGUCCGCACGGCCGAACCAAUGACGAUGACGCGAUAGUCUCCAUCAUCGAGUCCGCGGAAGAGUUCGUUCACAUCUCCGUUAUGGACUACGCGCCCGUGAUGGAGUUUACGCCUAAACUGAAAUUCUGGCCAAAAAUCGACGACGCGAUCCGUCGCGCAGCGCUCGAGCACCGUGUGAAAGUGAAGAUGCUGAUCAGCUGGUGGCAACAUUCCGCGCCUUCGGAAGAGAACUUCUUGAGAUCACUCGUCGCGUUAGCAGCGGCGUAUCCACACGUUGACUUGCAAGUGAAACGCUACAUAGUACCAUCGACGCCCGACCAGGCGAAGAUCCCCCACGCGCGGGUCAACCACAACAAGUACAUGGUGACGGACCGCUCCGCCUACAUCGGCACAUCCAACUGGUCGGGGGACUACUUUGUUGAUACCGCUGGCGUCGCCUUCGUUCUACAGGAACCCCGCGCCUCUAACGUGACCCAAGACAUCCGUGCACAGCUAGAAGAUUUAUUCGAACGAGACUGGAACUCGCCCUACGCCGUACCACUGCCGCUGAGUCCCUUGGUACCGCUCCGGCCACGGUUAUAGUAGAGGAACUACACAAACUCAAAAUGAGCAAUGUAGGGUACGUUAAGGAAGAGGGAAUGAGGACUUGGGGAAGUCAGAAAAUUGAUUCCAGCGAUUUUAACGGAGGGACUGACAACAUAUAACAUAUUUACCAGUGAAUAUGACCCAGCUAUUUACCACGAAAAGAGGUUAAGUUCUUUCAGUCAGGGAAAUAAUUGACCUGUCGUUUGCCGGGACGUUGAUCCGAUAUUAAAUCAUAAUUAUUUAAAGUACCGCGGAUCCACGUUCGGCAUAUGAAGGGUUAAACUUUAAAAUAUUUGGCAAAAUAUGUUGCCAUAUAAAAAUGUGCAAAAGUCAGACCUUUUUAGUUUUCGUAUAGAUUGACUUCGUUCAGUUUAUUAGUUCCCUUUGAUAGGGAUCCGAAUCCCUGUGCUCGUUCUAGAGCUCAAUGUGUUUUUUGGUUUUUCUAUUUAAGGUAUUAUUUCGCGACCGACCGCACUAAACAACUAGUAAUACUUGACGCUUGAUCGAUAAAAAAAAUACAUGCUUGUUUAUGGCAGUUAUGCUACGAAACGAGAUAAUAUGGCUUGCUCCCUCUAACGCAUGGCUGCGUCCGUAAGAUUGGCCUGCGUUGGCUCAACAUAUGUGCCAUUUUCAAUCAAAAGGGUAUUUAUUGUCGGUUGUCAAUAAGGCGCUAUUUCCAUAUAGCAUUAAUUUGAAAUCAACCUUAUCGACAAGUGACAAUGUGGUACCUUUUGAUUGAAAACGUCACAUAUAUACCGGUUAUUACAAGAUCCAAGCUUUAGAGCCCCAAAUAAACCUUCAAGAGCGGAUAUCGAAAAACUUGAUUGAGUAAAACUUGUAACAAAUUAAAUCACUUUUCAUUUUGUAUAAGUGGCCAUGUCGCUCAGACGCAUAGUUUCAGAGAUAUAAUCGAAAAACCGAAAAAUGGAACCUUCAAACCCCCCUCUCCCCCCAAGCACCAGGGUUACGGGCGGGAACUUUUGAUAUGUUCACCUCCUAACUAGUCCAAACAAAGCUACGUAGUCAAAAAUUGUGUUCCAAGCAUUUCCCUCUAUAAUUUUUUUGAGCAUUCAUUUCCUGGCCCAAGUAUGCGUUUAAUAAAAGGUUUGUAGACCAUAAUCGCUGUGUGCCCUCUUUCUAACCAAAUAAGGUAGUAGAAAUAAAGGCGUAUAUUCGUUUUUACGUGCGGUCGAUCAUUAAAAUAAUAUCUUUAUUGUAUACGGUUUGGUUGUGAUUUGGUUUUUUCGACUUUUAGUAUUAAUUAACCUUAGUAUAAUUCUGAAAUAUUGUAGAAUUAAAGUUUUAUAUCUUAAAAUAUAUUUGUGUGUUGCGUUUUAUAGUUAGACUGCGUUUUUCCAAGUUGUACGAUUGUGCCUUCGAAUGUUUCGGGAGCUGUGUGACUGUUAUCCUAGAUUUUUAUAUCCUUGUAGUGAUGUAUAAGAUUUUAAAUAUAUACCUAUUCAGAGCUAUUUAAAUUGUAAUAAUAAAGUAUUCAAUACGUAGUCUCAGCAGCAGAAAUAACUAAUGAGGCGAAAUAUCCAAAAUUAUCUGAAUUCGACUUUAUUGACUUAUUUGUGAACCUCGCAAGUCUCAUGGUCCUACAUUAUCUUAGUAGAUAUUUAUUCUAUGAAAUAAAAAAAAUCAUUUAAAUUGCAUUUGUUUCGUUCAAUUUUCACCCGAACCAAAAUCAAAUCUAUUUGCUACAAUAACCGCUAUUAGGUGAUAGUUGUUAGAAUCUUAUUAUUGCUGUCUGGUUUUGUUUUGUCGCUUUCUGUUUUUUGCUCCACUAACACUUAGUUUUUAAUCUUGAUUGUUACUAACCAUUAUGGGCCAGCGUUGUCUUAAAUAAAUAAAUAAAUUGAAAAAAAAAAAAAAAAAAAAAAAAACAAUUUCGCUGGGCGUUAUGAGCUUGUAAUAAAAUUUUCGAUGCCUCACCCACGUUACUUCUGUUGCUGACUGUACAGUAGUACAGCCGUUUUUAAGAGUUAUUAUGGGUAACGUGCUUGCAUUUCUGUUUUUAUUCAAGAAACAUUAUAUUCUUUAAAAAUACGACAAACAUUUGACACAAGGCCAGUAGUGGCAGGGGUAGGAAACUAGAGCGUUCGGGUUUUUUCGGCUUGUACGUUGCGUCAGUUGCGUGUACGACCACAGAUAAGAUAAUACCCUUAAUAUUGACAACCCUAAAUAGCCGAAAGGGAUAGUACAUAAGAAAGGGACAGCAUGAUUCGUUCCUGAAUCGCUGUCAAACUUCGGUUUUGUAGGAAGUUUCCUUUCUGUACGUUAGUAAAUUACUUAUUCUGUGGUAGUGGGUGCAAUUUUGACAAUAUGACAUUGCGAAAGUUUUACCUUCUAUUUGUACGGUUACGUCUGAAAAUAUCGAUAUGACCAAAGUGCCAAAAAUAUGUAUAGACUACCUUAAUAUAUGUGCAAUAAGGUCCAGUACACAUAUUUUUGGCACUUAGUUCGUAUCGAUAUUUUUAGACGUGACUGUACCUAUCUCUAAUGAGUAAAAAAUAAGCUAUGCAAAUUACUAACUCCACGCAGACGAAGUCGCAGGCAAAAGCUAGUGAUAUAUAUUCCAAAUACGUUGUUUUUUGCCGGUUCAUUUAAAGACUCACAUUUCCAGAUAGUCCAAUCUAAUUUGAACCUUAAAUAGGAUUGCUAAGAAUGAAAUUAUAUUGACAUGUAAUGUGGUCGAUGAAUCGUACUUUAAGGGUUCGAUACUUUUCAUAGCCAAAAUAAUUUAAACCCUAACUGCCUCGACAACUUAGUCUGUGACUACAUACUCUAUAUUUAAUCGAAAAUUUGCCGUUUCUAUACGAGAAUAUCUAUUUCCUUUGCAUUAUGCGUAUCAUAGUCUUUAAUUAAUAAUUACAUGUAACAAUUAUCUAAAAUAUGAUAAAUAUUUUAAAUUAUUGUACGAUAAUGGUUCCUUGAAUGUUUUCUAUAGCGUAAGGCUCCAAAAGCAAUAGGCCGAGGUACCUGUCGGUUAAUUUUGUAAAUACAAACUUCUACUUAA